AUGCCCAACUGGAUAAUCAAAUUUGAAAAGCCGGUCGGAGAGCUUGCUCGGAUCCACAGCGAAUACUUCAAGGGAAGAAAUGUUCUGAAUCUGUACACGAGGGAGGAGUUUAAGAACUGGGGAAAGGGAGUUGAUCUGUAUCUCCUGCUUGAUCUGGAUAUGUACAGGACAAAGCCCAUUCCGCCACACGUCCUUGAGCAUGUCAUGAAGGCGAAAAUGUAUGAGUACCACCCCGACUUGACCAAGGGAUGCAGGGAAGCAUUUCUGCUGGUUAAGGUUGCAAGAGAUGUCCUUGGAGACCGGAAGCUCAGACUAUUCUACGACUCAAACUUUUUUGAUGAGAGCAUUCCGGAAGAUAGGAUUUAUCAGCCAGAUGAGUUUUUCGAUGUCUUUGAGGAGUGCUUCCGAAGGAAUAGCAAGUUUAGCAUCAAACAGCCUGUUCCUCUACUAAGCCCCAGCGAUGAUCUCAAGAAGGUUGAGGAGUUCUACGAGUUUUGGAGUAACUUCAGAUCGUGGAGAACCUUUGAACCUGUGGAGGAGCUUUAUGGUAUGGAGGAGCAUGAUAGAUCACAAUACUCUGCGAAGAACAGGGAGAAGCUGGCCUCACUAAAGAACCAGGACGCCCUAAGAAUCAAGAGACUUGUCCAGAUUGCCAAGAAAAGAGAUCCGAGAAUAGGCAAAAGUAUUGAGGAGCAGAUAAAGGAGAUGAUGAAAAUAAGCAGCUGGACGCCCCUGGAGACCUCAACUUUGAAAAGGCUCCUUGCCUUAUUUGGAAAGGCAAAGAAGAACAAGUGGGAGAUAAUCACCGAGAAAUUGGUUGGAAUCACCAAAGUCAAGCGCAGUACUAAGGAGGUGAUGGAAAAGGGCCUAGAGAUGGAGAAGAAAUGA